UUUCCCUGAACAUCACCGUAACAAUCCCGCCUGAGACAACCUACACCCCGGUCCUCCUCAACAUCAGUGCCGGGAGAGGAACGACUGACCGCCGGCCACUGUUCAGCAUCUGCCGUGUCGAGGUCGUCAAAAUCGGGCCCGACUUCUACUGCCACAGCCUGGACAAGACCGUCGUCACCAACAUCUCAACGGCGGACGGCGUCGCAUACGAGUACCUGGUGGACCUGGGCGUGGUGACCAACAGCCUGGAGAUGGGCAUGCAGAAGGACCCGGAUGACGGUGUCUUUGUGGUGGAGGUCGCUCUUCACUGGCUGGAUCACCUAGAGUUGGUUCAAGGAGAGAAUGUUACGUUGUCAGUGGAAGCCAUCUACGGUCCGAGCGGGACUUGGCAUGGUUCCAUGGACUACAUUAUCAAUUUUGAUCGACCAGAAUUCCGGCAGGAUGACGAUGCACCGCAGUUUGCCCUGACCCUCGGACCGAGUCAAAGCAGCUUCUUACGGGCGGGUGGUAUCGCCGUCUACUACCUCUCCGUACUCACGCCACCCAAUUCGGCCGGCACUUACUGGCUGGACGUGGCGAGCACCAACAACAGUCUCAGCGUUUGCCGCUCUCACAUGGUGUCUGCCGGCCGCAACCUGCCCUGCUUUGAGACCGAGCGACCCGUGCAGUAUUUAUCGUACGAGGAAGAUGGACAUCGGGACAGGGCUGUGCUGGAUAUCGGUCCCGUGAAAAAUAUUGGCACAAAGCCUCUCUCCGAUGCCGAUGACAAUAAUAUGGUAGCCCAGGUAGUUGUAAAGCUAGAAGAUGUGGCCGUACCUCCAGACAAUUUUACGGAGCCAGAAGUUCAAGAAUUUGAGGUGACAGUCAAGGCAGGCGACACAGAGCUAUACACGGUGCCCAAGCAGGUUCAUGUCGAUGUCAGACCAGCUUUCACUAAUUUUACGGAGAUUCCCGUCGUUAAAUUUACUAAGUUGAAUGCUGAGCCUCUGGUCACCAUUGGCGGAGGCGUGGUCUACAACUUGGAUUUCUUUGUGCCGUAUGGAUCGAUUUCAGAUUAUCAGGUCCGGUUUUUCGGUGAUCGAGUUGACCCUUACAGGACGACUGUAUGCGAGGCUAGAUUGAUUCAAUCUGGCUGGAAUGUGCCAUGCGUCAAUGGCACGUUCUUAACGACGAUAUACAACUCCACCAACAACGAUGACCACAUUGAUACGGCCUUUAUAGACGUCGGCACAGUCGCUAAUAUGAAUCCUCAUGGAUCAGUAGUUGCGUCUGAACUCAACAAGGUCAGAGUUCAAGUCGUUGUCCAGCUUGAGAACAAUGACACGGUGAUGGAGAAUGACCAGCUGUGGUUGGGUGCGGUCUUGAAGCUAAACGAACACAAUGAGUACUACCUGCGAGCCUCGUUCAACGCAACUCAAGACAGCAUUUACUCGGAGACGAGUCCGCAGCCGAUAUUCCAAAUCUACCAGCCACGGGAUAACGUUGUCAUGACGAUCGGCUCCAGGGAGACCUACUACCUGAAGAUCACCACCCCAGUCAUGAGCACCCCAAUGACCGUCAACAUCACCAUGCCGACGGCUGGGGACGAGGCUUUCCUCACCGUCAGCGACAUGCAGCUCGUGCGGGUUGGCGUCAACUACGCCUGCCACCAUCUGUACGAGCUGGAGCCAGUGUACAACUCCACACACUCGACCAGUCAGAACGACACGGCAUUCGUGGAUUUAGGAAUAAUUACUAACCAUGGAACCACACACUACUACCAAUACAAUCCCGAGUACGCAAUCCAAGAGGACGACGAGAUUCUUAUCUCUUUCGAGGUGCAACUUGCGGACCACCCUGACCUCUCUGACGGGGCUGAGGUCGUCUUCGAUAUCGCCUUUGAUUACAGCCUGGGCCGCCAGACGGCUUUCAGCGAGACGGUGGGCGUGUCCAUUCUCGGUGACGAGAGGCCCGAGGUGGAAUUUAACAUCACCAUGCCUGAGUACGAUCCCAUGGUGACGCAACAAGGAGACCUGCUUCUCACCGAGUUCUCCAUUUACCAUACCAAUUAUUCCACUAGCCACGCCUACGGCGUGGUGAUAUACCUGAUGUUGCCUUAUUACUUAGAGAUUGAUCCAGACGUCGAAAUUGAGGGGCCCCCUCUUUGCGUUAAGACGUCGGACGCAGGUGUGAAAUUCCAUUUCGCCGAGAUGUUCUUCACCGAUACUUUUACUUUGUGGUUCAAUAUCUCCAUGGAUCCUAAUCGAUAUCUGCCGAUCGAUAUGAACUUUGUCAAUACUACUAUACCACUUGAGAUCGUCUACUACAAGCGUGAUGGAACAGACGGGGACGGCAACAUUGUCCUUGGGGAAGUCUUUAAGACAGAGACGCUAAUCCUCGAUUUGUCCUUCAGAACUGAGCAAUGCUUCGACGUGCUUGGAAUUGAAAGUAGCUACGCCAUCAGAGAUUGCCAGAUCACAGCCAGCUCUUACCUCAAUGAAACCUAUUCCCCACAAAUGGCUCGGCUGAAUUCAGAAUCUGGCUGGGCACCAGCGAUACGAGACAUGAAACCAUACCAGGGAAAUGACUAUCUUGAGAUACGAUUUGGCGGACUUCAUCGAUUCAGCGGUGUGAGGAUGCAGAAAGGUUUCAACGAUAGCAGCUGCGUCAUGUCAUACCAACUAAGCUACAGCGUAGAUGGCAUUGUAUGGUUCGACUAUGAUCAGACAUUUAUAAAUAACUACAACGAGACCCUGAAUGAUUCCUCGUCGCUCAACCUCAUUCCCACGCCGUUCAACGGAGAGUACUUCAGGAUACGGCCGCAGAGCCACGCAGUCAACACAACCUAUCCCGUGAUGAGGUUUGAGCUGUAUGGAUGUAGACGGACGCCUGAUAUCGAUCUAAAUGCUGCCUGUGCAAAAACAAAAUUCCCAGACUAUCCCUACUACGAACGUGGAUUCCUCAUCGAACCAAUGACUGGAGCUGUUUAUGUCUGUAUUCUUGAAUAUAUCGACGGCCCAACCAGAUGUUCCUACUCACUUGACAACGGAACCACAUGGGAAGCCAUGGACAACAAUGUCGCCAAUGUCAUUGGGCUGGAGCCUGAAACCAAGGAGCUCUUUGGGAUCUCUCAGAACAGACUUGCGAUCAUGCGCAGUGGCAACCUCGGCGUCACGUGGUCCAGCAUGGAGCCUGAGCGAUACCAGGAGCUGUCAAACAGCAGUCAGCUACUUGAGACAAUGAAGGUCCCGUUUACUGAGAUCUCGGACGAGCCUGAUUAUGUCAUGGCAACGGAUGGGGGCAGCAUCUUCUUUGAGUGGGGAGCCGCGUCCGAGGGACUGUUUCGACGGGAAGUGAUGAUAACCUAUAACGGAACAGCAUCAAGUGACUGGGAACUCAUGGGUACUUGGGGCUAUCCGUGAAGGGAACCAGCGAGUGCGGCAAGUGAUAGACCAAUAGCAAAUAUUGCACGAUUUUCUGCUGUACGUAGGCAAGUAGGCAUCCCGCGGAGAUCAGUUUAUGCCACGACAAGUAAACACACGCCAAAAGAAAACCGUUAUAUUCCGUGUUGGUAUGUGGUUGACAUGUUGUAGUUUAACUCGAUUAUUUACUCUUGGAGAGACAGAGUUGAUCACGUGUUCAGACCUUUUUUGUGGAUUGUGAGCUGAAAUAUAGAUCGUUGAUAAGCCAUAUACGAAGCUCAUCAACCGUGUUGAGAUAAAUAUAUUAUAAACAAAAGUUUAUGUAAGUACUGUACAAAAGUAAAUAGUUUUGUAGCUCAUAUUCUGAUAAAAUAGACCAAAACCUUUUUAUCAUUGUAAUUUAUAUAAAUAAAAUCAUGUAUUGUAACGGAAAAUGACUGUUGAUCCUUAAUACUUAGCUUAUCCUUGCCUUCAGCUUUAAAGACAAUAGUUGUUUUUUUACAAAUGACUAGCUAGAUUUUGUUUCUCAUCGGUGAAACUCUUUUUUCUUAGAUUCUUACUACUGAUCUCAAUGUAAAUAAAUCUGGAUUGGCCACUGGCUGUUACAAUCGAAGUCACUGUCCUCCAUAACACCACUCGACGAAUAUAGGAAUAGAUAUUUUUGAAUGGCUGAGACCGGUUCCCUCCGCACAUUCCGGUGGGGAGAUCGGGAACCAGCACGAUGCUCCAGUCCUUUGUACGGUUGGACUUCUUCUCCCUGUGCCUGCGAAUGUUGGGGCAUUUGAAAAGAACAAGCCAUCCAGAUUCUAGAAUACUGAUGACAAUGUUUAUUCACAGUGUAUACGUGCCACACUAAUGCUUUACAUUGUGCCAAAGACUAACAUAAUGUUCAUGAUAUUCAAUUAAAUAAACAUUAAUUUGUUUCAAGCCUGUAUGUACGAGCUGUGCCCAGAAUUGUGAGUGACACUUUACAAAGCCUUCUAGG